AUGGCCUCCAUCUUCACCUUUCAGGAUGAGCCACCUCGAAUACAGUCACCAUGGUCCACCCCUGGCACUUCUUCUCCCCAGCCGCUACAUCUGAGCGAGACACCACUGAAUGGAGGACUAGCUGAAAUAACCGGGCUCACAAAGUUAGAACCCGAGAACCAGGAAGGCUCCACGGAAUAUAAACUGCAUUUACUGCUGCGCCCAAGGCGUCGAUUUGUCUCGACUUCCACGGCUGCUGUGGUGCUUCAUCCUCAGCAUUACCUUUCGCAGUCCAUUUUCGUUCAACAAGGCUGCUCCAGUGAGUCGAGUGUAGACCGUUCCGCCACUUCUCAGCCAUCAGCGCAUGCUCGUCAAGCCAGACUACAGCAACUGACAACACAGCUGCUAUGGAGACUACAACAGUCGUCGCCUUUCCAUUCCUCAUCGAAUGCCCAGCUGGUCCUACCAGUGCUUCCAGAAGCAACACCCAGACUGGGCGCCCCGGAACGGCCAGCAAACCUGUUGCCUGGGCUGGAAGAGAGUCAAGGAGCACUUUAUGAGAUUGGUGUGGCUGAUGAUGGCACACUCGUCGGCUUGGCUGAGGACGAACUAACAGAAAGUCUCACUAAUCUUGACGCCAUGGCCGCAAGCUUGGGCUGCACCACGAACGUUGUACGGAAAGUAGCAGUGGGAUCAUGCCAGUGGGCUGAGGAUGACGAUGAUUCUAACGGAGACAAUUUGAGGGCGGACAAGCUCUGGGUCGCAGAAGUUCUGGUCUAUCCUGAUUCCCGGGAAUCAGCCAGGGCGGACCUUGAGCAAUCCCCCAGGCUGCCCGAGCAAGAGGACGGAUCCAUGGCGGAGAUAUCUUCCUCCGAGCAAAUCCGAGUCACGUUAGUGGGAGCAACUUCAGCUGGCAAGUCUUCUUUGCUAGGCACACUCUCGACUUCUACUCUGGAUAACGGCCGAGGAAAAAGUCGUCUGUCAUUGCUCAAGCAUCGACAUGAGAUAGCGUCCGGCAUCACCAGCUCGGUCGCCCAGGAAAUCAUUGGCUACCUAAAGGAGCAGAGCACCUCACGCCCGGUCAUCAAUUAUGCCUCCGGCAAUGUUUCGUCUUGGACAGACAUUCAUAACCUAGCCGAUCGCUUGGUAUUUCUCUCAGAUUCACCCGGACUUCCUCGGUUUGCCAAAUCUACGCUUCGGAGUGUGAUAUCUUGGAAGCCGUCAUGGACUGUCCUUUGUGUUGCGGCGGACGAUUACCUACAGGAGACACCUCGCGUCCAAACAUCAAACCUCGCAGGGAGGCCACCUGCGGAGGCCAGCAGCUCAGAGAGCACGGAUCUUUCGCUCUCAUACUUAGAUCUAUGUCUGAGGUUGGGGAUGCAGUUGAUUAUUACGAUUACCAAAAUGGAUCUCGCCAACCGGACCGGGCUGCGACUGGUGUUGGCAAAGCUUCUCUCACGCCUCAAGGCGGCCGGAAGGAAGCCUGUCAUGCUCAACACUUCUUCUGUUCCUCCACUGAUAGCGGACUCUGCGGGCGCUUUUCCUGAGCUUCAAUUGAUUAAUAUUACCGACCAGGCGGAGGUCGAUCGGAUCGUGGCUACAAUCGGAGAGAAAGAUGGCAACCCAGCAGUUCCUAUUCUCAUGACCAGCGCAGUGACAGGAUCUGGAAUCAGUAAACUUCAUGCCCUCCUUCGAUCCGUUCCCAUUGUCAGACCUCAGGACAUCCAACAAUCCAUGUCGGGGUAUUUCUCUCUAUUCCAUGUUGACGAGGUUUUCAGCAUUCCGCCAUCGCGCGUCUACUCAUCAGACCCCAAAGACCGGAUUGCCAAUCAGGGAGUAGUCUUAUGUGGCUAUGUCUCCCGAGGAACACUCUCAAUUGGCAAUAUUCUGCGUCUGGGACCUCUGACUAUAGACAGGGAAAGGUCAACGAGUCGGUCUUCCCAACCGAUUGUGAGGUCAAGGUCCUACGGGUCAGAAACGCCUUAUGCGCAGCGACUUAUGACCAAUGUUGCACGGUCAUAUCAAGGCGAGGGUUCUCGAUCUCCCACGGCCCGACAAGGGCCAGCCGCGACGACGUUUCUGACUGUACGCGUCGUGUCACUACGCAAUCUUAGACUUCCAGUAGUCCGCAUGCAGCAAGGAGAAACCGGAACCAUUGGGGUCGAGCCUGUCAACCGCGGGCCGGAGUCGACGAUACUCGAGAGGGCUCGGAAAGGCAUGGUGCUGGUGGGAGAUCCAAGCAAUACCGAACUCGUCGGCUACCAUUCCUUCUCGGCAUCCUUUCCCUCCUCCGACUUUGCUCGACGAGGUUCGCCUCCUUUGAUACUGGGCGGCCAUGCCACUGCAUACAUUAACAGUGUACGGGCCGCUGUCAAGGUGACUGGAGUGGCAUUAGAUGAGCAGGGAGACGAUGGUGAGGCUGUCCCGGCUUCCCCCGAUGGAGAUGUAUUCGGCUUCGACGCCGACGAGGGAGAAAGCUUUGGAGACGGCAGCAAUGACAACCAGAAGGAAAUCCGAAUCACCUUCCGCUUUGGUAGUACAUUUGAGUGGAUGGAGACAGGGGAUCAAGUCCUCGUCAUACCCACGGUGGCCGCCCCCGGACCUGUCACGGGGCCGGCGGUCUCCAAUAUCUCCGGGUUGGCUGGCUUCGUUGGCAGAUUGCGCGAGGUAUUUUCCUGA